UCAGUUUCGCACACGAUUGAAGUUUUGUUUCUCUACUUGAAGUAUUGAAGAAAUAGGGUUUUGGUUUUGUUGAUUUCUUAACAACAGGAACCUAAUUCAAAUUAGGGUUUCAGUUUUGGGGGAUUUGUUUAGUAAUUCUCUUGGUUGGGUUUUGAAGGUUGAAUACAGUAUAAGGAUUUUGCGCUUAUUAUCCUGGUUUUAGAGUUUUUGUGUUACAACCAAUCUUCAUCUCUGCAAGUGAGAGUUUUUGUCGAUUGAUGUUGGAUGCUGUUCUGGGGUUUUGAGGAUUCACACCACCAAUUGGUUUUCUAUUCACUUUCGGGAUCGUCUUCAUCGUCUCAGUUCGCAUCCACAUCAUCAUCUCCUCCCUCACCCCCAUCUCAACUCCCAUCAAUAUCAACCUCACAGGGUGCUAAGGUUCCUUGCCCAUUCAAGGGAUAUAAUGGAUGUGGAGGUGGAAUUUGUGGAAGGGGUUAUGCUAAGAGUGUCGUCUAUCGCCAUAUAUCAGAUCAGCAUUCCCCACAGAGAAGGAUAAAGAAACCUACAGAGCACGUAUACAGACUAAUCCUGAUUGCUUUGCUGCUUGGGAAAAGGUCUUACUUGACAUGCAUAUGUGGUUGUGCUUUAAAUGUCUUCACAUCCAUGCAUGGAAAAAGGCAUGUACUUCAAAAUUACAUAAGGCAGAUGUUAUUGCAGGUCCUUUUAACGGACAUGGUGCUGAGUUCCUUAUUCACGGUGUAUUGAAGCCACAGGCUGGUGGUGUGUCUGAUACUGCAGUGGAAUCUGGUAGUUCUUGUGACAAUUCUGGUUUGAAUGAUGCAAUAGUUGGCUUGUCUUUAGACAUGCUUCAUACUUUUUUCAGAGAAGAAUUACCACCAUUGUAAGUAUACCCCCUCCCUGUAGACUACAGUUUUCUCGAGUCCUAAAAUCAGCCUUGGAUAAGGUGAUUGCAAAACCUGGAGAUUUAUAGGCAUGGAUUCAACUGUUGUUGUUACCCAUUUGCACGCUCAACCUGUUUGUACCAAAGUGUUCUAGUGAGGAGAGGUCUGGCACACGUAAGAAACUGCAAAUUGCUGCAAUUAAUCAGUCCUUGAAUGUAUGGAGAGAGCCAAAUGGAUGUGCAACCUUGGUUCACAACUUGCUGGGUCAGUCGAAGCCAUCUGCAGCCAUCCGCAAAACAUCCAAGAAGACGAAAAAGUUCAGUGCCAAUAUUGCAGCUUGUAAGAAAAAGAUUAGCUUUGGACAGUACAGGGCUGCUAUCCGUGUGCUUUCUUUUGAUGGAUUAGCACCUGCCACCCCUGAAACCUUACAGGACUUGAGGUUAAAACACCCCCUGCACCACCUCCAUUUAUACUUGCACAUGAUAAUUUUAUUCCUACUUUGGUUGUUGAUGCAGUUGUUGUACUCUCAGCUAUUAAGAGCUUCCCCAAAGGCACCUCAUGUGGGAGGGAUGGCCUUAGGGCGCAGCAUCUUCUAGAUGCAUUCAGUGGUGCCGCGGCUGCAAUCUCAGAUGAGCUACUGCAUUCAAUCGUAGGUGUAGUUAACUUGUGGUUAAGUGGUAAGUGCCCUCCAUCUCUUGGUGAAUUUAUUGUCAGUGCUCCAUUAACACCAUUACUCAAGCCAGGUGGAGGUGUGCGUCCAAUUGCAGUUGGAACUAUUUGGAGAUGACUAUGUUAUAAAAUUGUCGCAACAUCAGCCUGUAAGCAGUUAACUUCGUAUCUUGGGGACUUCCAGUUUGGUGUAGGAACUCCUUGCGGGGGCUAAGGCAUUCUGCACGCUGCCAAUAGACUACUGGAGUUAAAAGGACAUUGUGCAACUCAAACUAUGUUGUUAAUUGACUUCACAAAUGCUUUCAAUCUUGUCGACGGGUCAGCUAUGCUUAAAGAAGACAAUUUACAUUGUCCUAACAUCUAUAAAUGGGUUGAGUUUUGUUACUCACAUCCUGCCAGACUUUACUACAAUGAGCAUACACUUUCUACUACGAAAGGGGUACAACAGGGAGACCCUCUCGGUCCCCUGUUUUUUGCACUAACGUUACACCCACUUGCCAUCAAGAUUGCAGCUAGAUGUGCUUUGGAUUUUCACGCUUGGUACCUCGACGACGGCACUAUCGCAGGCGAUACUCUAGAAGUAGCAAAGGCUUUGAAAAUUAUACAAAAAGAGGGACCUGAGAGAGGCUUGGUUGUGAACAUUAACAAAACUGAGAUCUUUUGGCCUUCGCCUGAUCCCAGAAGCAACAUGGUAGGUGUUUUCCCUUCAACAAUUAGCAGGCAUGUGCUUGGAGUGAAAUUGCUGGGAAGGUCGUUCAGCCAGGAUCAACUAUAUUGUAGCAAUAUGGUGGUUAGUAGGGUUGAGAAAACUGUUCACCUGAUGAGUAAAGUACAGCAGAUGAAUGACUCACAGUGUGAGUUAUUAUUAUUACGCAAUUGCAUUGGCGUUUCCAAGCUCUACUUCACGUUGCGUACUACCAACCCUAUGGCCACCCAAUAUGCGACCUCUCUUUAUGAUCAACACUUAAUCCGUUUCUUACGUCAGUUGGUUGUGGAAGACGACGCUGGCUUUGGUCCUGUGCGGCAACGAUUGGCCACCUUACCUAUCAAGUACGGCGGUUUUGGUGUUUACACUAUGGAAGAUACUGGAAAGUAUUGUUAUCUUGCCUCUUACGCACAAACUUUGUCCUUACAACAUAAUAUUUUAAAGCUUGCUUCUCCUUCAGAACUGAGCACUUGUUAUGAAUAUGCUUUGCAGACAUUUACACAGGCUUAUGGUACUAUGUUUUCCAACUUCGAUAUCAGAGACGCUGCCCCCCAGUUUAUGAAGUCCUUGGCAGCAAAAUACUUUGAUUUCGUCAAGGAAACCUUACCCUUGAAUGAAAGAGAAGGUAUCUUAUGGCAACAUAACAGAGAGAAGCAUGCUAUGGACUUUUUAAAAUCCAUUCCUAUCGUCGGUUUAAAUCAAACUGUUGGGACGAGACAACUUAGCGCCGUACUUCAAUACCGUUUAGGCAUACCCUUCUUUGAAGCUGGGAGCUCAUGUUCUGUCUGCAGACGUCCAAUUGACCAAUAUGGUGAUCACGCAAUACAUUGUGCAAGUGAAGUGGGUAUCAAAUUUAGGCAUGAUAUGGUUAGGGAUGGUUUUGCUGACAUAUGCUAUAAAGGUGGAGUUGCCGCAAGGAAAGAAGCUUCUUUGGGCUUCCUUACCAACAGUUCCAAAUCUGCGAAACCAGCAGACGUUUUGGUUUAUAAUUGGAUAGAUGGUAAAGAUGUUUGCUUCGACGUCACAGGGGUCUCUCCAUUUACAAGUGCUAGAACUCGCUCUUUCACUCCCGGCCAUGCCAUUUCUGCUGCUGUAUCACGCAAGUUGCAUAAAUAUCAAGAUUUGUGCGCAAGGCAUGGUUACGACUUCCAGGUUUUAACCUUUACUUCCUUAGGUGAACUAAGUGAAGACACUAUCACUUUUAUAAAGCGUUUGAGGAAUUGUUUUGUUAGAAAUGACACCAACUAUAAAAUUGGUAAUUCACUUUUUCAUAAAAUAGCUAUUAUUAUUCAAAAAGGUGUGGAUGCCCAGCUCGUCGCUAGGCUACCCACCAUUUCUUGUAACAUUGAUCUUUCCAUUUAUGAAUAAAGUUUUUUUUUAUUACAA